GGGUCAGGAAAGGUGCCGCCAAGCGGUGGCCAUCCUGAGCUUCACGGUGAUGGACCACGACAUGAUGACCAGGAACGACUUCGAAGGCGAGGCCUUCUACGCCCUGGCCGCGGUGGCGGGAGUUGAGGACUCCGUGCCCAUCGCGCCAUCGCAGCCCGUGGACUUGCCACUGUUGCAGCCAAAGGAGAAAAAUGAGAUUAUGUGCGCACUGGAGAGCCGGACGUGGGACAAGGACGCCCUGGAAUUCGUGAGGCAGCAGAAGAAGAGGAAGUCCUGAGUGGGGCUCGAGCGACGCCACACGCUCAGCGCCCCCUCUCGCCAAACCAGCAGCCCUCGCCGCCGCCGCACCAGUGCCAUCAUCUCCUCUCUUGCCUCGCCCUGCCGCCUUUCACUGUGUCCGCUCACGACUCGUCGGGCUGCGUGCCAUUCAUGCGACUGGGGUGACUUCGUCCGAACGGCCGAACUUGCUGGGAGAGGGAAAAUCUGAAAGCCGGGGAGCACAAGUGUGUAUGACAUAGUCCUACCUGGUGACGCCUUUGUAAGCGUUACUUUAGGCUUAGUGUUAGGCCUAGCGUCAGAUCUUUUUUUAAGGCUGUGGUCUGGCCAAGGAGAUUGGACCUGCGCGAUGACGCCUUUGUAGGCCUAACGUUGGGCUUGAUGUUAGGUCUAGCGAGAGCAGCGUUCCGGGCUAGUAGGUAAUCCAUCACUUUAGUAGGGUUGGGAACAAAAAAAGAAGACACGGACAACAGAGAAGAAGACGCAUCCAGUGCGAUUCCGCUGUGUCUGUGCUCUUGCAAACCUAUCGUUAAGUCUGAGAACAAUUCAUCACAAUAAUUUCUAUGGUUGAGGGCAAUUCAAGCUUAGGCCUUGUGUUAAGGCUACAUUUAUGUCGAGGCAUUAUAGCGGCUGCUGGGCUUAAUGCUAUGCUUCACGUUACGCCUAGCGUUAGCUGUGCAUUAGGCCUAGUGUUGGGCCUUGUGUUGAGGCUCGAGUCAGACCGUGAAGCUUUAUCUCAGGCUUGGAUUUUAUCGCCUGUGCUGCUGCAUUGACGAUCGUCUGUUUCGGCCGGCUGUGGUCAGGAAAUUAUUCGGCGUUCGGGGUGACCGCUAGCUUCGGCGUAGCAAAUACCAUACUGAGUUCUACGGGAGCGGCUUUGGCUAUUUUUUGGCCUACAUUUACACUGUGGAAGUACGUAAACGUUGGGAAUGCCUGUACUGUA